UAGGCUCUUUUGGUUCUUGAGUAGUUGUAGAGCUUGAAAUAAUACAUCAUUUGUAGUGUGGAUUAGCUGUUGCAGACUUGCAGAAAACAAAUGAUUAAAAAGUUACAGUAGGGCAAUGUUUUGGAGUUCUACAUGUGCUUAAUGUAGACAUUGUGGUUUUCUUCUUGUUACUUCCUAGAAAUGGCUGCCAUCUACUGACUACUCUUUCUCUACAUCUUAUUCUUAUUAUUAUACUUUUUCAAUGUAUCAGAGUUCAUCCACUUGGUGAAAUGCCAUAAUAUCUUAACAAGCAUAAUAUGAUAUAAUGGCAUGUGGUUUGGACCUAAGAAGAGGUUUAGUAAAGACUUCCUAGUGGCCCUGUUAAAACUUGAGUUGAAGCGGAAAGCAGAUGCUGCUGGAAGAGCUGGUAUUGCUCUUGAGGAGAAGAACUGGCCACCAUUCUUCCCAAUAAUCCAUCAUGAUAUUGCCAAUGAAAUACCUAUUCAUCUACAAAAGCUGCAAUAUGUUGCUUUUACAACCUUGUUGGGGCUUUAUGCAUGUCUUUUAUGGAAUAUAAUAGCUGUCACUACUGCAUGGAUUAAAGAGGGAGAUGCAACAAUCUGGUUGCUUUCUAUCAUCUACUUCAUCUUAGGUGUCCCAGGAGCCUAUGUUCUAUGGUAUCGUACACUCUAUCGUGCUUUUAGGUCUGAAAGUGCUUUUAGGUUUGGGUGGUUUUUCUUGUUUUAUUCACUUCACCUUGUGUUCUGCAUCUUUGCUGCAGUUGCUCCUCCAGUGGUUUUCAAAGGAAAGUCUCUAACAGGUAUCCUUCCUGCAGUAGAUCUUAUUGGCAAGCAAAUACUUGUUGGGGUUUUCUACUUCAUUGGUUUUGGGCUAUUUUGUUUCGAGUCGGUGCUUAGUGUUUGGGUUAUUCAGCAAGUAUACAUGUACUUCAGAGGCAGUGGUAAAGCUGCAGAGAUGAAACAGGCGGCUACAACAGGAGCCUUGAGGGCAGCAAUAUGAUAGUUUUGCACUGGGACAAUCAUACUUCUCAGUUUUCGAGGGAAAUGAAGUUUGUUAUAUUUUCAUAAUUGCAUAGUCUCUUGUGGUGAUGUGUGUUACACUUUGAUCAAAACUGCUUUAAAGAACAAAACAGCAAUUAUACUUGCUGUAUUUGUGGAUAUGUUCAUUCAACUGAUUUGUGUUUUAUACAUCUCUUUCUCGACCUCAU